UGAUGCGAGAAUGACGCAGGCGUGACGCGAGCGCGGCCGCUCCCGAGGCGCUCGCGCUAUCCCCGCCGCGCUCCGAGGCAGCCGUUGCUUGGCCUGUUUCGCCAGGCCCGGGCCAACCUCAGGCCUUGCCACCCCACCAGCCAUGGACGACUACGCGGUUCUGUCGGACGCCGAGCUGGCUGCCGUGCUGCGCCAGUACAACAUCCCGCACGGGCCCGUCGUGGGCUCCACUCGCAAGCUCUACGAAAAGAAAAUCUUCGAGUACGAGACCCAGAGGCGGAGGCUCUCUCCUCCCAACUCGUCCGCCUCGUUCUCCUAUCGGUUCUCAGACUCGCAUUCAGCGUCGGUGGGCUCAGAUAUGUACGACCUGCCCAAGAAAGAAGACGCCUUGCUUUAUCAGAGCAAGGGCUAUAAUGACGACUACUAUGAGGAGAGUUACUUGACCACCAGGACUUAUGGGGAGCCCGAGUCUGUGAGCACGUCCAAGGGCUUCCGCCAGCCUGUGACUCCACUCUCAGAUGCUGACACCUUCCACCACCAGGUGCGUGAUGACAAUCUUUUUUCUUUUCCUGAAAAGGAAGGCAAGGAUAGGGAACGCCGCAUGUAUGACCGGGACAGUGCCUACCAGAGCAUUGCGCACUACCGCCCUGUUUCCAACGUCUCCAGGAGCUCCCUGGGCUUAUCCUAUUAUCCUACAUCCUCCUCCGCCUCUUCUGUGUCCUCAUCUUCAUCUGCCCCUCCUUCAUGGCUUGCCCGCCGUGCCAUCCGGCCGGAAAAGCAAGCCCCUGGGGCUGGUCUCGGCCAGGAUCGCCAGGUCCCGCUCUGGGGGCAGCUGCUGCUUUUCCUGGUCUUUGCGGCCUUCCUGCUCUUUGUUUACUACUCCAUGCAGGCUGAGGAAGGCAACCCCUUCUGGAUGGAGCCCUGAGGGUCUCAGCUUUGGAGCCAGCUCUUCUCAGAAGUCCUGGCUGACUGCCUUAGCAGUGUUUGC